AAAGCAGUCACACUUUUACUGGAAACACUGUCAAACUGCAAACACACAAAGUACUUUGCUCUUCCCAACACCAAACACCAGCAGUUAAUUCUACACAAAAUGUCUCGUGGACGCGGUGCAGCUUCCGGUACUAAGUACAGAAUGACCUUGGGUCUUCCCGUUCAAGCCAUCUUGAACUGUGCUGAUAACUCUGGUGCCAAGAACCUUUACAUUGUUUCCGUUUUCGGUACUGGCGCUCGUCUUAAUCGUCUCCCUGCUGCAAGCUGUGGUGAUAUGAUUCUUGCUACCGUCAAGAAGGGUAAGCCUGACUUGCGUAAGAAGAUCAUGCCUGCUAUUGUUGUUCGUCAACGCAAGGCCUGGCGCCGUAAGGACGGUGUUUUCCUUUACUUCGAAGAUAAUGCUGGUGUCAUCGUCAACCCCAAGGGUGAAAUGAAGGGCUCUGCCAUCACUGGUCCCGUCGCUAAGGAGUGCGCUGACCUUUGGCCCCGUAUUGCUUCUAACGCCGGCACUGUCGUUUAAACAAGUUAAUAAAAAUACCGAGCAUAUUUUAUUAAAAAAAUUUUGUCUUUCUCGUUGGUUAGUGUUAAAAAAACU